UGCACCCCUCACCACCCACCUCGAGCUCGAGCUCGCAAGAACCACAGCUUAGAACAAUCAAGCAGAGCUCCACCUCGACAAUAUCAUGGCCGGAACCAGCUUUGCGGCUCUCUCCUGCCUGUUCGCGGUGGCCCUGCUCGCCGCCACGGCGUCGGCGGCGGGGGAGAAGGAGACGCGUCUGCGCGUGUUCUGGCACGACGUGGUGAGCGGGGGGCCGAACGUGUCGACGGUGGUGCAGGUCGCCGAGGGCCCCAACUCCAACGCCUCCGCCACGGGGUUCGGCUCCGUCAUGGUGAUCGACGACCCGCUCACGGAGGGCCCCAACCUGACGUCGAGGCUCCUGGGGCGCGCGCAGGGCAUGUACGUCAGCGCCGGCAAGGACUCCCUGUCGCUGAUGAUGGCCAUGAACUUCGUCUUCGUCGACGGCGCCUACAACGGCAGCAGCCUCGCCAUCCUGGGCCCCAACCCGGCCGAGCGGAAGGUCAGGGAGAUGGCCGUGGUCGGCGGCACCGGCAUGUUCAGGUUCGCACACGGGUACUGCGAGGCGAGGACGCGGUGGUUCGACGCCAGGACCGGCGACGCCACCGUCGAGUACAGCAUCCACGUCCGCCAUGACUGAGGAUGGAUCAUGCUGCGUGCAACCACACAUUUCUGGUCGUCGUUGAUCAUUUAAUGAUUUUUUUAUGUUUCUAGAGUCCGUAUAUAUGCUUAUUUUCUCGAUUCUGGCACUGCUUUAAAGUUUUGUUCUACAGGAUUUUUAGCAUCUGAUUAUUCAAAUAAAUCAUUGUUCCUCCUAUACGUUCACUGUUUGAAUGGGAUAAUGGGAGUGGUCAUUUAAUUUUGACUAA